UCACACCUUCUGAGCUGCAGUGUGGAGCUAAGAGCCGUGAAGACUCAGGCAGGAAAGAUGAAGAAGGAGCUGGUGGUGUUUCUGCUGUGCCUGGUCCUGCUGGCCACUGAAACAGUUGCCAAUCCCAUCAUCGGGGAGAAGUUUGCCAAGCAGCUUCUUCGCAGCAAGAGGCAGGACAGGCCGGUGAAGGCCGGCCACCCCGAUGAACCGAUGAGGGAGCAUCUGCUCCGCAUGCAGGCGCUGGACCAGAGGGCCCAGGAGACCAACAUGGAGUACUGGCUGAACCCCCACUGCCCCCCGCGCUGCGACAGGAACUACGGACACCCGGUCUGAGCACCAAGAAAACGACCAGGAACGACGGGACACGAAUUUCACGAAGGGAUCUUAAAAAAAAA